UAUUCCUUUACAAUAUCACAUUAAGAAUGGCAUAAAACAAUUGUUUGCUCACCACCCAUAUUACAUAUAGAUAUAUCGAUGUACAAUACUACUGAAAUACAUCUAAAGAAGAAGAAGAGAGAGAGGGAUGGCGAGAAACUCAGAUGCGAGGGAGCCAUUGAUAGAGGUGGAAGAAAAGGAAGUUAGCAGAAGAAAAUGGUGGGACAGAGUGAUAGAUGCAGAGGAGGCCCAACUACAGGUUCUCUUUUCGCUUCCCAUGAUAAUCACCAAUGGUUUCUACUAUUUGAUUCCACUUAUUUCGGUCAUGUUCGCUGGCCACCUUGGUCACCUCCAGCUCGCCGGAGCUACUCUCGCUAAUUCAUGGGUCACCGUCUCCGGCUAUGCUUUCAUGAUUGGGUUAAGUGGAGCUCUUGAGACACUAUGUGGGCAAGGAUUUGGGGCAAGGUCAUUCAAACUGCUUGGGAUUCAUCUGCAAACGGCGUGUAUCACAUCCACCCUCUUCUCAAUCAUUAUCUCAUUUCUCUGGUAUUUUACAGCACCAUUACUGAUUUUUCUCCGCCAAGAUCGCCAAAUCGCUGAAACCGCAGGCCUCUAUACCAAGUUUCUGAUUCCUAGCAUAUUUGCUUAUGGUUAUAUUCAAAACAUGUUGAGGUUUCUUCAGACACAAUCAAUUGUUAGGCCUGCCACUUUGUUGUCAGCAAUCCCACUGGUCUUGCACAUUGGUAUCACUUAUUGUUUGGUGCAUUUGACUCCUCUUGGUUUCAAAGGAGCUCCAAUAGCAGCAUCAAUCACACUCUGGUUAUCCUUUUUUAUGUUAGCUGCUUAUGUUAUGUUCUCCAAGGAGUUUAAACUUACAUGGCAAGGAUUUUCACUCGAAUCCUUCUGUUACAUUUUCACAAACUUGAAACUUGCCCUUCCCUCUGCAGCUAUGGUGUGCUUGGAAUACUGGGCGUUUGAGAUUCUGGUGUUCUUAGCAGGACUAAUGCCAAACUCGGAAGUAACCACUUCACUAAUUGCAAUAUGUGUGAACACAGAAGCCAUAGCUUACAACUUUACAUAUGGCCUCAGUGCUGCAGCCAGCACAAGGGUAUCGAAUGAGUUAGGAGCAGACCGUCCUGACAAAGCUAAAAGUGCCAUGAUCGUUACCCUGAAGUUAUGUGGACUGCUUGCCUUGAUACUAGUUUUGUCUCUAGCAUUCGGACACAACAUCUGGGCUGGCUCAUACAGUGACAGUUCUGAUAUAUUGAGAUCGUUUGCUUCCAUGACUCCUCUGCUUGCAAUAUCCAUAGUAGUUGAUUCUUUUCAGGGUGUUCUAUCAGGUGUGGCCAGAGGAUGCGGUUGGCAGCACAUAGCUGUUUAUGUGAACUUGGCAACAUUUUAUAUCAUUGGCAUGACUGUUGCAGCCAUCCUUGCGUUUAAAUUUGAAUUAUAUAUCAAGGGCUUAUGGAUUGGUUUGAUAUGUGGUCUAUCAUGCCAAGCAAUCACACUCAUGGUGAUAACAAUGCGCACACAAUGGACCAAAUUGCAGCUGUCUGAAGAGAAGUCCGAGACAGAAGACUCGAUUUUAGCUUGAAUAAUUGUCAUGAAUUAAGCUCAUGAGAUCAUUAUAUAUAUGUGAGCAACGAUGCAUUGCCUAAUUUUAGAGACGUAAAGAAAUGAAGUAGGAUUUGUACCCAUGA